CACCUCCCAUCUCCCUCUUUACCUCCUACCUCCUUUCCCUUCCUCCCCCAGUCCAGUCAACCUUCCAUUGCCUGCGAUCGUUGAAUUGGUCACGUCGCAUCCAAUUGCUUGUCCUCGUCGCCGCUACAAUGGUUUACCUCAAGUCCUCGCUCCUGGCCCUUUUGGCCUUGCCCAUCGCAGGCGUCUUCGCUGCCGAGAAGGAGGCCCCUGUCGAUACCGACGCUGUUCCCCCGGCUCUCAAGGCUGACAUCGAGACCACCUUCCCUGAUGCCGAUAUCUUUGGUGUGAAGAUCGUCAACGGUCACCCCACCAAGGCCUUGAUCGAGUUCACCAACAAUGAGGAUGCGCCGAUUCAGGUCGCCAUGGUUGGCGGUACCCUGUCUUCCACUCAGGAGCUCCCCGAGGACUCCCUCCCCAGUGAAAGCAUCAUCCGCAACCUGACUGCGGCGCGCUACGAUCUGACCAUCGAGGCUGGCGACAAGAAGGCUGUUCCCUACUCCUUCGCUCUCGAUGCCAACCCCCAGGAUGUUCUCCUCCAGCUUAUUGCUGUCGUGAGCAACUCCAAGGGCGACAUCUUCCAGGUCCAGGCUUACAACUCCACCGCCGCCAUCGUCGAGCCUCCCACCAGCAUCUUCGAUCCCCAGAUCAUCUUCCUCUACCUCUUCCUGUCUGGUGUCUUUGCUGGUACACUGUACUUCGUCUACAAGACCUGGAUCGAGGCCCUGUUCCCCCAGGCUAAGAAGGCCAAGUCCUCCAAGAAGGCGCGCACUGUUAGUGUCACCGUGCCUCUGGCUGAGGCCGACACCACUGGCGUUGCCUCCUCGACUGGCAAGAGUUACGACGAGAGCUGGAUCCCCGACCACCACAUCAACCGCCCUGUCGCCAAGCGCGUCAAGAGCGGUGCCAGCGGCAAGCUCAAGAAGGGCGAGUAGGGACAUAGCACCUCUACGAAGCGAGCCGCUUAAAGAUGUGGAUGUGCUGGAUAAAACGGCACCCAUGCGAUCACAGAUUGGCAACCCUGAAGAACCCAACAAGCUGAAAACGAGCUUAAUAGGAUGUUCACAUUGAGUUGAUGUUGGCGAAGCAAAAACAAAAGUACUGUACAAUAGCUGCAUACAAGGCAAGAAGCCCAUGUUGGCGACUCCCGUAGGAAAUACUGGAACUUUGUUAUCGCCUUGAA